GGAAAUUUGUUCCGAUAAACACUGAUUGUUUAUUUAAGUUGAUUACACAUAUCUAACUGUUUGCUUCUGUAAAUCCGAUUAACGCUUUUUAAACUACAAAUCAAAAUAUAAAUGAAUAACGAAGAAAAACUUGCUUAUUGGCGCAAUGCUAUCAUUGCUUUAGUUCUUAAUAAUGUGGAAAACAAAAUGCCUAUAAAAGAGGAAGACAUGCGCGAAAUUCUGGACAAAGACAAAAUGCUAUUCAGGCAAUGCCUACCACUUGUGAUUCAAUCCUUAAAAAAAGUGUACGGCAUCAUUUUGCAAAAGGUACCCGACACUAAAAAAUACAUAUGCUAUUCCGAACUGAGAGUAUCUUCUACGGUAGAGUAUGAUGAAGAGCAGUGCCGUCAUCUAACACUGCUUUUUAUUAUACUAUCAUAUUUACUAAUGAAAGAUGCCCGCGUAGAUGAAGAUUUAUCAAAAUAUUUUACAGAGCAACUGUUUGACUUCCUUAAAGGAUUACGCAUUAGAAUCGACGAAGAGCAUCCAUAUUUCAAGGAUAAUAUAAAGAAGCUCAUUGGUGAAACGUUUGUGAAGCAGUUGUACCUGAAACGUGAAAAAUCUGAUUCUGAGACCGAUUUAGAAACCAGAUUCUUAUAUUCUUGGGGUUAUCGAGCUACUGUCGAAUUCCCUGCGAAAGACGUCUUGCAACAAACUGCACAGAUACUGGGAAAAGAGCCUCGAGAAUUUGUUGCUGUGUACAAUAAAUACUGUGCAGAGGAAAAUGAGGAAACUAUGGUUGUUGACUAAAAGUAAAGGUCAUUUUAUCAGAAAAGUUUGUGCUAUUGUUCGAAAUUCGUUAUUAACAGGCGUUCAGGAAAUUAUAUGUACAUGUGCAUAAGUACAAACAUAUGUAUGUUUAUACAGAAUAAGUUAUUUAUUUUUAUUGAACCCUUUUAGAUUUAAAACCAUUAAGGUCGGCUUUUUCCGCUCAAGGGAACAUCAAUAUAAUUUUUCGUGAAUUUUAUAAUUUAUUUAUGUAAUCUAUCAGACACAAUUCAAUAGUUCAGCAGUAAUAAGUUGUUACAAAUACAAUCAAAUAAUUUAGUUUGAAAGCAAUAGGCGCUUCUCUGCUUACUCGCGCGUAUGCCGGUUAACUUAAAUUAAAAUUUGUAUAUGAAAGCUUGUACUUCAUUAAUUUCAUUCCUUUCGCCACUCUCUUACUGUUGGCGAAUUCAUCUACUACUACUACAUAUCUACAUACAUACAUAUCUACUACAUAUCUACAUACAUACCUACUACAUAUCAACUUAAAUCAAAGUCAGCAAUAUUAAAAAAUUGAGUUGCAUAAUGAUUUAAAUUUAUAAAUUGGUUCGUUUCCACCAUAAUUCGUUCUAUGUGCUAGAAGAUAGAAAUUACGACGCCCUCUUAGCGAUUCACUUAUGAUUAGUGUAUAGGAAAUUUAAUAAUUUAAAUAUCCUACAUUUUUAUAAUUACUUAUAUGCCAUUUUUUAUGUCUAUAUCUAGAUAUGUAUGUACAAUAUUCCAGAUGGUAAAACGUGGAGAGCUUCUAAAUAAACGCUUUUAGGCAGUAUUUUACAGCAAAGCCUUCGAGCUUGUAUUAAAAUAUCUAAGCGCCGUCAUUCGAAGUCAGACCAUUCCAUACAAAAUAAACAUGAGUAAAUAAUCGAA